ACUAUGGUCUUCACACUCGAACGAUUGGGAGGAGUAUUAUCAGACGUUCUUCAGCAACAUAAACGGUUAAACAAGAUGUACAGAACAGUCACAACGCUUGUCUACAUCCUGCUUUGUUCUUUAUACGUGCCCUGUAACAGCUUGGAUUGUGAUAUCCCAAAUGGAGUAGGUUAUCCUAAAAUUUAUUUUGAACUUCUGAUGAAAGGGAAUUGGCCAGCGUUCGAACAAAACGGUACCGGGUUUUUGCAGCAUCAUGUGUGUGCUGGGAGAUCAGACAAUCAGACUAUUAUAAAGUUUGGACAGGACGCAGUGGACUUUUUUAGCGACCACUUUGGAAUAGAUAUGUCCAAUGUGACUCCCUCUGCUAUCCUUGAUGGACGCGUCCUAGUAGCUGGCGGGAAGAUGGAGUUUCAUCCCUUCCACCUCAACCCAAAUACACAGUGCAGUGUUAAAACGGGUAGGAUUCCCACUGAAAUUUUUGUUAAACUGAUUGCAUUCACUGAGAUUCCCCACCGAGUUGCGUAGACCCAUUCUUUCAAUGGGAUUGAGCCCAUAAUUUCAGAAUGAUAACCUUAAAGAAAUCCGUUAUUGAUCACUUAACAUUUAUUUCCGUAUUUGGCAGAUUUCAUACAAAAUGGACAGAGCAUAUAAGUUUUUUGUCCAUGUUUUUCAUAUGGUCUGUGAUAUGGGUCCCAGAUGGAUUUUUCCAUCAGCACCACGUGGGUCCCUGAUGGGCUACAACAAGGGUUCCAUAAAAGACCCACAUGGUCCAACGUGGGCUAAUGCAGGGGGUUUGCUAUUACAGGGCCUUAGACUAGGAGACCAUUCUCACAGAUAUUUGAAUUGAUCUAUCUCCUGGGGAGUCUCACUAAAUUGCUUUCGACU